UGCUAACUAUAGCUAGCUUGCUAGCAUACUGACAGUAGGCUACUCACCUCGGUAUCAAAAGUUGGAUUAUAGUCGUUGUAUCCCGUGUAAAUAUCAUCCUCUUCAACCGCCAGGUGUACAUUUUCCAUGUUGCCUUCCCAGCGAGAGCAACUUUAAAAAGCCAAUCAGUGAAAAAACGACGAAAGGCGUUUGUUGUCAAUGCCAGAUAUCUUCGCCGUAUAGGCGGGACUCUUUUCGUUUGACGAAACACGAUUCGUCAAUUGGGCGUCAAUCAUCACCCAGUUCCACGCGCAUUGGUCAAAGCAGGUUUAAGUAGUUGCUGGGAUACACUCGUGACGGGCAUGCGAACCAGUCACUUUGACAACGGAGAGGCAUUUGUUAAGAAUUCACCUUAUAACACAACCAAAGCCAAAUAGGCAUCAAUGAAGAUUAUACGUUUGUAAGCUGUAAAAGCGUAUUUGUGCGACUGUUUUCGCUGCUUUGGGCCUUUUGGCUGCCCGUAGCAGCACGCUGCAGCGUAACGCCAGGGGGCGGGGAGAGACAGUUAUGACCAAUUGAGCCAAGCCAAGUUCUCCGGAUGAAGAAAAUGAGCCAGUCUAACAUGAAGACGAUCACCGUCAUCGGCAGCUACUUACAUGAUUUGGUGCAUACAACUCAUGUCAAGCCAUCAUAAUUCUGCAGAAGUGCAGGGAGUCCAGCAUACUGCAUGUGCAGAGGAGUAUGCACAACACAGCAAAUAAUUUCGAGUGCUUUAAAAUGUUCUGCAACAGUGGGCUGAUUGGCCGCUCUUGGGCAAUGGUGUUUGCCAGUGGAGGCUACAGUGUGAAGAUGUAUGACAAUCAACCGGGACAAGCAGACAAGGCGGUCACAGAGCUCAGGAAACAGAUGACGGAGCUGGAGGAAGGCGGAAUGCUGAGAGGGCAGCUGAGCGCCACUCAGCAGCUCGCUCUGCUCAGCACUUAUGAUGACCUGCCGCUCGCACUGCAGGGCGCCUUCUUUGUCCAGGAGUGUGUGUUUGAGCAGCUGGAGGUGAAGCAGAACAUCUUCCAGGAUGUGGAGCGUCUCGUGGGAAAAGACGUGAUCCUGAGCAGCUCCACUUCCUGUCUGGUGCCCAGCAACGUCUUCUCCAAAGUCCAAGACAGGAGCCGCUGCAUCGUCUCCCAUCCGGUCAACCCCCCUUACCUUGUCAAACUCGUGGAGCUGGUACCUCAUCCUGACACGACAGUGGCUGUUAUGGACAACACCCAUACUCUGAUGACCCGGGUUGGUCAGGUGCCCGUCCGACUGAAGAGAGAGAUUGAUGGCUUCACUGUCAACAGAGUGCAGGCCGCCAUCAUUGCCGAGUCCUGGCGCCUGGUCCAGGACGGCAUCAUCUCCGUGCAGGACAUUGACCUGGUGAUGUCAGAGGGACUGGGAAUGCGCUACGCCUUCAUCGGUCCCAUGGAAACCAUGCACCUCAAUGCGCCUGAAGGUCUCGGGGACUACAUGAGGCGGUACGGGGAAGGCAUCCAAAGGGUGCUGAGGUCCUUCGGUCCCGUCCCAGACCUCUGCAGUGAAGAUGCCAGGAGCAUUGUGGAUGGGAUGUGCGAGCUGAUUCCCAACGACCAGCAGCAUCUGUCAGCCAGGAGGGAGAGACGAGACCAGCUUCUCAUGGGCUUGGCCAAACUCAAGAAGGACCAGUAAACGUGUCAGGAACCACGUCAAGCCGGAACAUGAAUUCAUUUGACCAACCCUUGCAAUAAUUGGACUUUGUUUUGGGGACAAGGCCGAAACUGGGGAUGGGGCUGAUACCAUCUGGUCUGGGCACACGCGGGUGCGUGGGUGGCGCUGCGGGGAGUGUCACAGACAGCCACGUUAGUCGAUGUCCUCAUGCUGCGGUUGCAUAUUCGCUGCUAUUGAACCAGCUGAUAUGCAACCGCACCCUGAUCUGUCGUCCAGCCAUUUUUCUUCCGUAGCAGAUCUUUCAAGGCACGCAGAAUGUUGUGUUCCAUGGCUGUAUAAAGACCAAAAGAAACAUUCGACUCCCGUCUUUCAUCAGGAAAGGAAGGCUCUUUCUUCCUUUUCUGUUCUUUAGUAAUCAGCAGUAGAACAUACGUGGGUACGUUUCAGGAAAAUAUCAGUUCCCGACCAAAAACCUUUUGUGCUUUUUGUGAAUUUGAGCAUAACUUUCACUUUGAGAAAAAUAUUUUUUUUUUUUGUGACAGAUCAAAUUAAAAUCUAAACAACUAAACCAACAUAAACAACACCGGUCCAGGGUGUACCCCGCCUCUUGCCCAAAGACAGCUGGGAUAGGCUCCAGCAUAUACGCGACCCCAAUGAGGAUAAGCGGCAUAGAAAAUGGAUGGCUGUGAUUGGCUGGCCACCAGUCCAAGGUGUGCCCCGCCUUUUGCCCAAAGACAGCUGGGAUAGGCUCCAGCAUACCCCCACCCUAGUGGGGAAAUGGAUGGAUGGAUGAGACCUAAUUCUUGUCAAGUGACUGCUGAUUUUUCCAUUUUUGUUUUGGUUUUUUUCCAUCCAUCCAUUUGCUAUCCUCACUAAGGUGGGGGUAUGCUGGAGCCUAUCCCAGCUGUCUUCAGGCGAAAGGCGAGGUCUACCCUGGACUGGUGGCAUUUCUUUCUGGUUAAAAUCUAUUUUUCGCACAAAUGGCCCCA